UUGGAUAGCUCGCCAUGUGAUGGACUUGCAGGGACUUAUGAUUGAUUUAAUGACAAGUUUGCAACACUGAAAUUCUUUGCUGCACUGUGGGUUUGGGAUUCAGAAAUCUGAUCCGCUGUAUUAAAUAGUUGGACCAGACCAGUCUAUUUUGUAGUUCUCAUGUCCAGGCCUUCAUCCUGUGGUUCAGACUUCCGGACCCAAGUUCUCACGAUUUUUUUUUCAGAAUGGAAGCCACCAGUAGUGGGGAAUCACAAAGGGCGCAUUGUGGUGAAUUGCACCCCAAUAUAGUCAGGGGGGGUUGAUAGACAAGACACCAUUUGGAAAUGUCCUUGUCGGAGAUUGAUCUUCAUAUCACCUCCUUAGUGUACAGCAAUGCAGGCAUUAUGUGCGGGGUCUGGUCUGGUUUAUAAAUUGUGCAUUCCCCCCCCCCACUUGUCAUUUUGACUUGACUUUUUUUACAAUUGCCGGUAAUCCUCCGUCAUUGUCGAGGGAGUAGGCCGGUUCCUGUCAGUAUCACUUCACCAGCUGCAUGAGGAAACUGUGUGAUUUAGCAUGUAUGUUAGGUGCAUUUGGACAAUACUCGGCUCAAUGACUUAGAAAAUCUUCCCCUAGGAAAAAAAAUUAAGAAGUUGGUCUUGCAAAGUGAGCUUGGUUUUUUUACGGGAAAACUUCUGCAUUUUAACUCAGUUGUUACAAGUUUAGAAUGAGCUGUCUGUUCAAUAAAAAGUGCCUUCUGAAAUUGUCGGAAAUGUGGCAAAGUUUUUUUCCCCCAGGUUCACAGAUUUCAAACAGCUUCCUAAAUUUCCCAAGUUUGUUUUGUCUCCCCCAAAUCAUCGGGGCAUUUUCCAAAAAUAAAAAAUAAAACUGUGACAGGCACGUAAAAGGAUAGGUGCAAGUCUGAAAAUUUUCUGUCAGUGUGAUCGCUCCGUCUGUUUGCCAUUUCGUCUGGGGAUGGAGAUCAUAUUCACAACAGAUUAUUCACUGCCGUCUCAGUCUCACAGUUGGAACUGAUCUCUUAUCAGCUGAAGUCUGUUCCCACAGUUGUCAACAUUCAAACUGUGUAUGUACGGAUGCUGGGGUACUGGGUCACACAGGGCAGGCUUGUGGCACAACUAUUGUAACAGGCAAUGGGAGAUCACUUUACCAUGCCUGAUGCCCGCUCAAAGCGAUGGACUAGUCAAAUUUCCCGAGGCCGCCCAACCAUCAUCCAUGCAUGUUGCACUCACAUCCAGGUUUGUGGGACAAUCUACUGACUCCUUCCUUUCUGUGCAUGCAUUUGGAGCUUCAGUUUUGUUUUUUGUAUUUGUUUGAUCAGGAUAGAUGAAUUUUCCUUGGCCUUAUUCUGGUACUGCCACCAGACAGAGUCUUGAUGUGAAUUGGCGAGAUUGAAUGUCAUUGAGGUAUGAGCAAUUGGGGAUCUAUUGCUCAAGAGUUUAUUGAACAGUAGUCUUGACUAUUGAGAAAAGAUAAAUGAGGACAUCAUGGCGAGCCAGGCAGCGUCUAAGAAUGGGAAAGAUGAGUCCUCUCAAGCCUUGACUCUUACCAAUCCAUGGGCCAUCUGCCUUGCCCAUGAGAAAACGGUCGAGAGAGACAACGACAAGGACAAAACAGUGAGUCCGGCCAAGGGCUCUCCGCUGAGGACUUGGUGCGGCAAGAUGGGCCUCGUCAAACUUUUUCUCCGCAAGGCCCAGCCUUUUUAUUACCUCGAGCUAGCCGGGGACUUGGUCAGCAUGUCAGGUCCGAGAUUACUACUUCCAGCAGGCCAACAAAAUGGCCACAGUAGUGUCGGCAAUAGAAGCCUGGAGUUUUUCAAACAGGAACUCAGCAUGAAGCAGUCUGGGGAGAGUGUUGAAAGGGGUUCCCCAUCACCCCACACCAACAGGAUUGACAGUGACCCCGCCGGGAGGGCCAGCGAAAAUGGGUCGUUGGGGGCGGAGGACCGAUGCCACCACCGGAGCCACCGGAACUACGAGCAGCUGCGAAGCGAGUGCAAGAAGGCUAUCAUGCAGCUGGAGAGCCUGAAGCGGCAGCACUCCGAGGUGAUGGAGAAGUUCGAGCACGCCAACCGGGAGGCGGAAUACUGCCGCAACCGGUACCGGUCCUCAGCCGAGACGGCAGAGCAGCUGCGGGCUGAGCUGCAGGCCAAGAUGCAGGAGUGCGCCGAGCUGACGGCCGACUGGGAGCAGGCCAAGCGGGAGAUCCUCGACCUGCGGCAGACCCACGAGAACGACCUGAAGGAGCUGUCAGAGCUGAGGAUGCAGAACCGCGAGGUGAUGAACCAACGGGGGUCAUCGGAGGUCCUGAAUAAGAUGUACGACACCGCUUGGGAUAAGUACGAGGGAUUGAAGAGAGAGUAUGAAGCUCUCAAACAGAGGAAUGCUGAUCUGACAUCCAGGAACAGCAUCUUGAACUUCAACACGGAGCGGAUGGAGGAUGAUAUUAAGAGACUUAAGGGGCAGUUGGAGACAGCUUAUUCGGAGCGGGACAGGGCGUAUACAGAGAGGAAUGCACUGAAGCAACAGUGCACCGCCGUCAUCCGAAAGUACGACAACGUCUUGCGGGAGAUGGAUGACUCACUGCAGAGCACGAAGCUUGCCAACCAGAAAUACGAGAAGGUGCAGCGGGAGCUGAACCACCUGAAGCACGUCAAGCACGAGAUGGAGAAGAAGAUCGAGCGUGUGACGGAGGAGCGUAAUGCCGCGGUGCGCGAGUACACGCUGGUGAUGAGCGAGCGUGAUGACGUGCACAAGGAGAUGGAGAAACUUCAGGAGGAAGCGCAGACCGAGAGCUCCUGCCGGAAGAACGUGGAGGAGAAAUACCGGAACAUCUUGGCCAUCAACGAAGCCCUGAAAGGCAAGAUGUAUGUGAUGAGCAAAGAACGUGACCAUGCCUUGAGAGAGUACAAUGAACUGAGCGAUCGCUAUCGCGACAUCAUCAGUAGUACAGCGCUGGCACAGAAGGAGCGCGAUAAAGCACUGUUUGAGUUUGAGAAAUUCAAGGAAGAGAGGGACGUCGCAAGGCGGGAGCGCACCGAGGCCCUGGACCAGCGCGACAAGCUCCUCCAGGAAUGCUACAACGCUGUCCAGCAGCAGAAGUCCAUCAGCUACGACUACGACCAGGCAUUCAAGGAGGCCGAGGUCCUGCGGCGCAACCUGGACACAGCCGAGAAGGAGCUGAAGGAGGUGCAGUCGGAGACGGACGACGCCAAGCGCCAGCGCGACCGGGCCUUCCAGGAGCGGGUCAAGAUCAUGAUGGAGCGGGAGAGUAUCCGGACACUCUGCGACAAGCUCCGGCGGGAGCGCGACCGGGCUGUCAGCGACUUUGCCGAGGCGCUGAGGAAUCUUGAUGACGUCAAGAGACAGCGAAAUGAUGCCAUGAAGCAGCUCAAAGAAAUGAAGGAGAAAAUGCAGAAGCAGACAGAGAAAGAGAUGCACACGGGAAUGAAGAAACUCAUCACUCACCAUAGCCGGGAUUCAGCCAUUGACGCAGACUCCCAGGAAUGGGAAACGGAGACGGUUGCCAUAGAAACCGAACGAGAGGAUGGUGAUGUCAGCGUGCUGGGUUUUGAUUUUGGCGACAGCAAAGACCACACCCAGAUCCCCGACGACUGCUCACUAAUCAUCACCAAGGUGGACAAGGGUAGCCUGGCAGACGGCAGACUCAAAGUCAACGAUUACGUGCUGAGAGUGAACGACAUUGACCUGACCAACGGCGACCGGACUGUGGCUCUACAGGCGGUCAAGAAAGCCAGGGGCGUGAUCAACAUGGUUGUGAAAAGACGUCGUUCAUCAGGAGCCAAGUUCUGUCCUGUGACCCUCUUUCUGACUAACAAAGAUCACGGUGUCACCUUGGAGACGGGCAUCUUUGUCAGCCGCAUUGAGCCGGGCUCUGCUUCGGCCAAAGAGAGCGGCCUGAUGGUCGGCGACCGCAUGGUGUCAGUCAACGGAGAAUCCGUGGUGAACAAGGACGCCCAAGAGGUGCAGCAGAUGCUGGACACAGUGGGCGAAGCCAUCACCCUCAAUGUCAUGCGAGUCUCAUCCCCGUCUUCAUCCUCAGGGCUGCCUUCCAACGCCAGCCCAACGGCGGAGUCGGUCAAGAGCCAUGAGACACUGUCCUCCAAGUCCAGCCUGACACCCCUCGUCUCCCCCUGCGAGGACCCGGAGAGGAGCAGGAGUGGCCGGAACAUCAGCGUCCAAACGGAGGCGUCGCAGUCUCAGGCUCCGCCCCCCAUGUCACCCACGCUGCUGUUGCGUCACCACCCUGAUCACUUCGAGGACAAGGUGAUUCAGAAUCCCCACUUCCAACCCGGGGAUUACCCACCUCCAUCAUCCCGAGGACAGGGCAUCGCCCUGCCGCCAACAUCUCCCGACUGGCAUGCGGUCAAGGAAGCAUUGGUAUAUCCAAGCCAGAGACCUCACACAAGAAGUGAACCUGUUUGCAGACAGGAUGUCAGUGCUUGGGACAGUAAACAGCAGCAGCCGCAGUGCAAUCAUGAAAAUGCUUGGGCUUAUCCGGCACAGCAACCACAUCCGCAGCAGCAACAGCAGCAUUCUCGCCAGAGCUCACAGGACUUUAACUCCCACGGGGACGACUCCCGAGACAGUGUCAGACACUCGAGGGAAGGAUCCUUCGUGGGCUCCUCACACUCCAGACAGGGCUCAUCUCACUCCCGACAGAGCUCGCGGGAGUCACCAGGGAGGCAUUCUGGCUACCACACGUCCCACAGCAGUCGCGAGAGCUUCCGGGAGAACAAGCGACAGAACAGCCUUGAGUCUCGAGACCAUGACAGUCACAAUGCCGGGCACAAUUUGCACAGUACCAAAGAAAAUCCGUAUCGGUCUCCUCCGCCGUCGAAACACGGGAGCCACAAGAAACAGGAUUCCAAGGAGAACUUUCCGCUGCCCCAACCACAAUCAGGCAGCCCUCCAGAAUACAAGACGUCUCCAGCCAUGAAUUUGCCUCGAAGGGAACGCGACGGAAGCCCGAGGGUGGACCCGUACACGGAGCGUGGGGAGUUCUCUCGCGGGGCUGGCCAUGCUGAGAAGACGGAAAACAGCACCUGGCCAAAAUCUAGGGGACCGCCGGAGGUUUACUUGACCAACAGGAAGCGGCAGAAGCGUAUCACGACCAUUCCAAUCAUGAACCCGCCGUAUGAGAACAUACAAAGCGACAAGAAGGGAGAUGGUGAGAUGGUGCCCCCGAAGCCUCCCAGUCGCAACUCCUCGCUCAAAGCCUCCAGAGAUCGUCGGCGGGAGAUCGUAGAGAGGACCCAGAGGUCGUCAUCAUCAUCCACAGGACCUGAGCACAUGGGAGUACCUGAGACAGCCCCGCACGGGCAAUCUGGUCAACAGCACCAGAGCUCAAGUUAUGGGCAGAUGCAGUUUAAGGACAGUGUCAACAAAAACAACAAUCGGGACAGUCAGUCCUCGGCAGUGCAUUACCAAGCAGGGUCAUUGCCGGAUACCAGCGUCGACUACACCGUCGUUAGCGCACAGCAGUCAGCUCCUGUGGCGACCCAGUUCCGGCCGAUAUCCACCCCGGCCAUCCCUGGUGCCCAGGACCGCCCCUCGUCCGAAUCUAAACGUGCAAUACGCCGGCGCACCGCCCGGCCAAACCAGCUCGAGCUCUCCCCCUACUCACCUCAGACACCCCCACCCCACUCGGCGGGGGGCCGGCCCUCUUGGGAACCUCACCAUUCCACCAUGUCCCAGCACAUCGAGUUCCGCUCCCAGCCAGCCGUGACCCACAUGGUCCGCCUCCCCAACUCGGUGCCAUACUUCAAGGUCCACAGUCAACCCUUGACCAAUUCCAACAGACCAGGGCGCCCUGCCCACCCCCCAAUCUACAUGCCGUCGUACGCAUCCUCGAACCACUCCAUCUCCUCAUCCUCUACCCACGACAGCGAGCGCUCUCCCUCGCGUGCCUCUCUCCCGCCCACCCCGCGGGGUUUCCAAGGAGAUGACCGACGCAACUCCAACCAGAGCUUUGAGUUCGAGACUCACUCUGCCCACUCUGCGCCCCACGGCUACAACCCGAGGGAGGAUGGAUUUGGCACCUUUCCAAAGAAGAGCGAGAAGAGAAUGUGGAUGAACCAGAAAUACCGUCUCAGCCCUGGACCUUGCCUGUCAACCAGCUCUGUUGAAAGAGGUUCCAUCUCAAGUUCCGGGGGGAGGGAUAACCAACUCCCUCUUAGUCUGCACAGCAGCCUGUCGGUCAGCUCGUCCGGUCGCAGUUCGGUCAGUUCCUUCUCGGAGCCAGACGUCAUCGUUACCAGAGGUUCCUCCACUCGUACCAUCGAGAUCGAGAAGAGUAACGAGCCCCUGGGGAUCAGGAUCAUCCAAGGCAGUCGAGGGGGGAUCUUCGUCCACACCGUUACCCCAGGCAGCCUGGCCGAGAGGGCGGAGCUACAGUACGGUGACCAAAUCCUUGAGUUCAACGGAUUGAAUUUGCGCCAAGCGACAUACGAUCAGGCGGCCAUCAUUCUCAGCCAGGCUGGAAACAGCAUCAGCAUGCUGGUCAUGUACAACAUCAAAAAGAUGCAGAGGAAUUCUGUGUGUGACAGUGAGGAUGCCACACCCACGUCCACACCUGAAAGUACGCGCACCAACUCCCCCAUGCCCAGCCGGCCCCAGUCUGAAGUCUGCUCGGAUGCAGGCACCAUGACUCCGCCCACUCCCAGGGCCAGCCGGAUAUACACCAGAGUCCCCAAGGAUGAGAACCUUCCAUCGCCCAGCGAGCCUCGGUUUGUGUUCCUAGAGAAGAGCAGCAACAGCCUUGGCGUAGGGGUGUUUGGCGGGAACGCGGUCGGGAUAUUCGUCUACGAGGUCCAGCCAGACGGAGUGGCAGCAAAGCCCAACGGACUGCAGGUCGGGGACCACAUACUAGAGUUCAAUGGAGUUGACUUGCGCGGUGCCACCGCUGAACAGGCCGCCAUGGAGCUCCAGAAACCUACCGAGAAAGUCUCCAUUUUGGCCCAGUACAACAUCGCCAAGUUCAACAAGAUCCGGGACCAGCAUGGUGACUCACUGUACGUCCGGGCACUGGUGGAUUACCAGGCCGAGGUGGAGGACCAGCUGACCUUCCGGAAAGACGACAUCCUGUACGUGGACGACACCAUGUACAAUGGCACACUGGGGGUGUGGUCGGCCUGGCUGCUGGACCCCAUCGGCAAGAAAACGCGGCGGGGGAAGAUCCCCAGCAAGGCACUGCUGCAGAAGGACCAAGCCCGUAAGCGCAGCAUCUCCCAGGGUCUGCAGGAGGAGGAGCUGAGGAGCGCCUCCUCCAGACGUAAUGCUGGCCCCGCCCGGCGCAGCCUCUUCCGACGCAAGAAGCACCAACGUAGCAACUCGGAUGGCAAAGAGCAUAGCGAGGGCUCUGUGUCUGACAUACCCAUCCAGGAAGAGGCCAUCCUGCCAACCUACCAGAGAGUGGAACCGCUGGACUUUCAUAUCAAGCGGCCAGUACUUCUCCUGGGGCCACUGACCGAUCGGGUGGCCUCCAAGAUGGUGGACGAGUCCCCCGACAAAUUCAACCGAUGCUUGCCAAAAAUUGUCCGGACAUCGUCCGAGAUCAUGCUGAAGGAUCUGGCCGACAACGUCUACGUUGACUACCAGCGACGAGACAGUUAUUUUGAAUGCAUUCACGCCGCCAUGGUGAAGGAAAUCACCAAGAAGGGAUGCCACUGUAUCCUGGACGGAGUGUCUCCAUUCGCCACGGAGAGGUUGCAGAUGCUCCAGCUUUUCCCAAUUGUCAUCUUCAUCCGCUACAAAUCAGCAAAGCAAAUCAGGGACCAGAAGGAUCCCCACUACAUCCCUGACCGUGUCUCGCACCGCGUGGCCAAGGAGAUGUUUGAGCACGCUCAGAAGCUGGAGCAAGAAUGUCGGAAUCUCUUUUCAGAUGUUGUCGCCGGUGGCAACCUGGCCAGCGUCUGCACAAAAGUCAAGAAGGUCAUCGACAGGGAGCAGCACAAGACCGUAUGGGUCCAGUCUCUGUGCCCGCUGUGAAAAUCCCCCUUCCAUGAUGUGCCACCAUGUUUUCUAAGAUGACACUUUGGGCUCCGUCACUGUUGGCGCACUGUACCUUUAUACCUGCCAUUAUGAAAGUAGGCAUUGUGAUAGCAGGUAUUACGAUCACUGCUAUUGUGAUAGCAGGUAUUACAGUCGCUGCUGUUGUGAUAGUAGGUAUUAAAAUACUUGCCAUCAUGAUAGCAGGCAUUACAUAGUCGGCAUUGUGAUAGCAGGUAUCCCAAUAGCUGCUAUUGUGAUAGCAGGUAUUGCAGUAGUCAGCAUGGUGAUAGCAGGUAUUGCAGUAGUCAGCAUGGUGAUAGCAGCUACGGCAAUAGCUAAUUCUGUGGUAGCCUAUAUUGCAAAUACAGCAGGUAUCAGGAGACCCGACUACGCUAUAGGAGGUGCUGGAGUAGCCACUACUGUGAUCACGGGCAUUGAAAUACCCGACAUUGUGAUAGCUGAUAUUCUGAUAGCAAGUCUAACAAUAGCAAUUGGCAUUGUGAGGACAGUUCAUACAAAAGCUGUUAUUGUGAUAGCAGGAUUUAUAUAAACUUGCAAUGUGCUUGUGGCAGAUAUUUUUGAUGUUAGAAGAGCUUGCAUUUUAUUUGCUACACACAGAAUAUUUCCGUAUACUGCACUACACUUCAUCCUUCUUACAUAUUUGAUUGUCUGUAUUCAUUUAGCGUGGCAAUUCCUGUUGUCGAAGAAACGAGAAAAGGAAAGUUGUAUAAUUUAAACAUUGCUGUAAACAAAACAAAAACAAAAUUCACACUUUUUUAUGACUUUGAGUCCCGCAAUACUUUGUUCAUAGUUAUUGAGCUUUGGUACCUUCCUGCAAAGCAUGUAGGGGAAAAAAAAGAGAAAUUUGUGACUAUCUGUUAAAGAAUGCUACCUUGUAAAUAGAUAACUGCCAAGGGAUGAAAUAAUUUAAGGCCUAAAACUGCACUGCUCAUAAAUUCAGUACUUUGUAAAAUAAAGAUAAAUAUUAGUGGGUUCUUGUGAUUAUUUAUUAGAUGAAGUGUUUUUUAAGGUCAGAAUUGGGAUGGCGGAAGGGUAGUGCCCUUUUCCUGGAAAGGUUAGCCAGAUUGUUAUCUUUCACUGGUCGCGAGCGUUUGGGCCAGACUGUUGACCAAGUAGCAUUUUAAUCGGGCUUGCAAUUUCACUUGUAGUAUUCAUGUGUGUGUGUAUUGCCGUCGGGGUCAGUCGCCAGGUGAUGAUGGCUGGUCAGAAGCGGUCACACUGUUGAUUUGGCUUGAGAGGCAAAUCUAUAAAUACGCAGAUCCGCAGAGAUGUCGCUUUUGUUGGAUUUUAAUUGUGCCAUGCCGACUUCUCAUGUCAGUUUUUCCAGAGAUAGGGCAGAAUUUUCCAUGCUUUGUUUCCGACGAGGUUGAGUCGGACACCAUACACCGUCGCACAGCUUCUAAGAAAAAUGCAACUGGCUCAGCUUGGAAUGUGCUUUAAAGGCUUUUUUUUUUCAGAUUUGCCCUGGAGUGCUGGCUUUCUUUCUGGAGAAUUUUCUGUCCGUAAUUUUGGCUUUUAGUUUCCUUGUUUCUUUUUUUGGUUUUUUUGGGUGGGGGAGGGUUGGAAUAGUUUUCCUUUUGACAGUUUUGUUCCCAGGGCAUUACACUGGUUGGCCACUAAACUUCAUAGAUUGAGUUUUCGGUCAUGACUCCAAUGAACAAAAAAGUCCUAAUUUCGCAAUGAAUUUGUGGUUUCUUUGAAAUGCAUUUUGUAAAAAAGUAGUCAUCGAUGCUUUUUUCCUUGUGACAGAUAUUCAAAAGUUACAAGGCAUUUCAUUCCAGACUAUGGGUGCAGAAUUGAUUAUUUCAAGUUAAAAAGACUUUAAUCAAGCAAAGAAGUUUGAGAAAGAAGAAUUCAGAAUAAUGAGACGGUUUGGGAAGUAUUGUUACUCAGCAGAUUACAAUGUAUUCACUGUUUGGGGGGAAACAGCAUGCUUACUUACAGAAAAGAUGGAAGCCUUUAGCAAAUACUUGUGCAGCAAACGAACAAAACAUACUGCAGCUGGGAUGGGAUUUCAACUCCGUUCAAACAUUAUAGAAGAAAUCAUCAGAGAAGAAGAGAUUUGGGGGCCAUCCAACUAAAUUGGGUCAUAAUUCUCUCAUAACCUGUUAUGUCUUUAACAUUACAUUUCUGUUCAUGAUUCUAGCCUAAACAUCCCAGAUUUGACUCUGGCUCCAAAAAAAAAAGUUCAUUUAUAAUGCACAAAACUGGUGUUUUAAAGUUAUAGCUCUCAAAAAAUUGUUUCACAACUCUUUUUGACUGUUUUGAAGCCUCAAAGUUUGGUUUGUUCAAUUUAUAGCAGCUCUAGGCUGGAUCAUGCAGUUGCAUAGUUCUCUGUGUAUUGGGCAUAUUCAUCAGCAAGCUUCAUGCAUCUGUUUUUCAUUCACAGAACAAGACAAAUGCAUGUCACUUUUUUCAAUGUGUAAAUUGUAAUGAAAUUUAAGAAAACAAGGACAUGAACAAGGAUAAAUUAAUGAGAUUUGCGUGUAGAGUAUGCAGCAUUGAAAUUAAGUACAUUUUUGCAUCAUUUUGUAUCAACCGAAAUGCACAAUGAUUGUAUAGUCAAUGUGAUUGCGUGUGCCUGUGUUUGUAUAUAUAGCUACAAACCCGUAAUCCUUCUUUGGUGGUCUCGUAUUUCCUUUCCAAAAAUGAGAAUGGUACGUUGAAUUUUUGAAUUUUGGACCAGUGCCGGAUGACAGAAUCACGUUCUCAGCAAGAUUUGGUGCGAGGGCAGAUCAAUUCAUUAGUUUCUGUGGAUUGUAAUAAAGCAACUGUGCUCUUUCUUAUAUAUAUUUUUAAAAAAUUGAUCGUGUACAAAAUACAGACAGUGAUGUCUUUGAUUUAAAAAGUAUAUUAAUUUUCGCCCUAUUUAAAGUAUGCCUUUUCCACUUAGGGUCUGCCCCCUAGGAUGUGGGGCAGCAGUUGUAUUGUCCUGGACCAUGAACACCGGCCAAGCACUUAAAAUUUGUCUUUAAAAUUGUGCCACGCCAACUUGAACUAUAUUUAAAGUUUAGGAGAUUAACGAAAGAAUGUUGCAAGGUGUCUCUCCCGCAGCAAAUGUAUUCCUAAGUUCAUUAGUUGACUUUCACUCGCCAAAAGAAAUUUCUCCGUUCCAUUUUUUGCACGCUCACCAUUUCAAGCCGGGAAUUCGUCAAGAGAGUGACAACGCUGGGUCUGCUUCAGGUCUUUAAAAACACACACAUGGUUGUUGCUACUGUCACUAUCGUACGCACAUUUGAUUGAGAUUUCAUUGCCAUCGAGGUGAACAAUCUCGAGAUGAAAACCGAAUCAAAAGGUGAGGACAUCUGAAGUUACUUGAAGAAUUUGGUCUGCGUGUUUGUUGUGCUUCUUUCAUUGUGCAGUGGUAAGCUAUGCUGUCGCAAGGAACAAGUAUAUUAAAAAAAAAAUAGCUCAUAGAGCAAGAAAGAAAUGUGA